AUGGUUGGAGCUUCUUCAGAAUAUCCGGCCACUCGUGGACCGCUUUCAAGAAAGAAAGUAUACAACACGAAUUCAAAGGUAUAUUUCAGGAAAAUAACCGGCUUUUUGACAGUAAAAAACCAAUGUAAACACAUUUCAUGGCAAUGAAAGAACAUAUGCCGAGCAAAGCCGAUACAACUCGUCUGCGAAGUAGGACGCAAAACAUAUUUUUAAUUCUUUUCUCGAUUUCUGCAGUUAUUUGGAAGCUAGUGGUUCAAAUCACAUCCAAUUUCUGUAAAAGGUACUUCAACAUUCGAAUUUAUCGCUAAGAGCAUUUCUUGAUCUCUUAAACGGCCGCUAAAGAAAUAGUGCCGGGUUGAUGGCGGUUUUGCCUACACGCUGCCUUGUUGUCAAACAACUGCUUUCAUCUAAGCCGAUAGAGAGAUAUUUAUGACCAGAAGAAGAUCACGCCUCGAUAAUAGGCUGAUUUAGCAACAGAACGGGAACGUCAGUUGACGACGCAAAUCCAACUACUGGCUUGACCAAUGGCAGAGCGGCAAUUUGAGCAUCGGAAGUCGCGUCGCGCGCUUCCCCGUCGUCAACUGAUGUUCCCGUCCUGCUGCUAAAUCAGCCUAUUAUCGUGCGCGUUGCAGCGCGCUGCGCGCCCGACAAAUUUUCAAACUCGCUUUGCGAGAAUGGAUGUCUAAAUGUGUGAUUUAACUAGGAUGAAGAGAAUUUGUAGUGACACCACAUGCAAAAUUUUGCCGUAGAAAAUGAGUAAUAAACUUAAGUUUUUGCUAUCGUGAAAACCUAGUCCUUAUUUAUUAGUUACUGCAGUUCGCUAUUUCCCGGGAAGUAUCCUCUAGUGAAAGAAAAAGAGUUGUUCUGUUGAUGAGAAGUGUCCAGGGACAUGUCACAUCCAUCUUUGCGAGCCUAUAGCUUUCCCAUGAAAACUGACAUGCCGGUUUUAAUUCGAAAAAAACUAUUACAAAAAGUGGGGCGCGUUGGGGAGCGCUAAUAUCUUGGCGUAGAAAAAGCUCUGAACAAACACUUUAAACGAUUUUCUAUUGUCAAUUGGUAAUACAAUGGAAAUUAUAGCUCCUCAUUUAAACGGGUUCAAGGAAUCUUCGUGCUCCUUGUUUUAGAUUGUAAUGAGGAAUAUUGAUUUUUUUUUCCUCACAGUAAAAAAUCUACAUAAAUGUUAGUUUAUGGAAUUAGGAAAAACGAUUUAAGAAAAGAACUAUAUCUAUUGGAAAACGAAGUAUAUAACCUGCGAACUUUCUCGACCUUCGCCGCCAUCUUGAAAAUCCUACAUGCACAAUGCAUCGCAAUUGUAGUGCACACCCCACCUGAGUAGCUUUGUUAAAUGUAGACAGACGGUUUUAUGGUCGCUUUUCAUUUGACUGUGCAGUGUCACAAGUUCCGGUUUCCCUUAACAAUCGCGGUACUUAACGACUUACGCGAAUUCAAAAUGGGCGCCUUCUGUUUAAAUGAGCUGUCUUAUAUGACAUGUAUCAUUAAUGGCACUCACAAUUUUAACAAUUGUUAGUUUUUCACAUUUAGAUGACAAUAGAGUUUGUUUCUCGGAUGAUUUAAGGCGUUGAAAAGCCAAGCUGCCGCCGGGUCUUGAAAUGAGUUCACUUCACUUCACUUCACAGACUGCAAGAUCGUGAGGGUACACUCCCACUUUUAUUUUGGUAAAAUUAAUUUACCAGUUUGAAGGAAUUACAGAGAUGUUUUUAUUUAUUUAUUUAUUUAUUUUUUACUUCGAAAAAUGGUUUUCAUGAGUGUUCCUUUUCAUCAGUCAAUCCAUGGAUUCAUCGUUUUGCCGUAAAAGGGAACUCCAAGAUGAAAAAAAAAUUGAAAAAAAAAAAAACAACAAAAAACGUUCGAUUGUCCAAUCGGCAGCUUAGCCGCUGCUGUAGUCUCAAAUCAUCGCAAAUUACUUGCAUUUGAUUCUGUUGGCUAUACACCGAAUGCAAAUAUGGCGGAUCUCUCGGUCGGCCCGGGUCUAGUUGCGCGAAGGCGAGGCUAGUGAGGCCUCGAUAGUUUUGUUUUGACUGCGCUUCUUAGCGUAUGGUUUCCUUCGAGUAGUUACGUGCUUAAGAGCCAUCAAAGAGGAAAGUUAACUCCAGCAGAGACGAAAGCUGAUUAUCUGCCAAACUUCUUUACGAAGAAAGAAAUGGAUUAAAGCAAUUCGGCGCGGCGAAUGGAGGCACUCUACUAUCACGGAGUUAUUUUUUAAAAGAACGAAAGUGUGCUCGCUUCUCUUCAGAAGAGAAGACUCCCGAAACUAUAAGCAUGGGUGAAUAACUGAAAGAUUCAUGGUUCUGUUUCAAGUUUGCUUUGUCCGUUGUCUUACCAAGGAAAGGUAAAUAUCCUCGCAACGAGUGAAUCCGCCGUCGCGACUUAUCAAUCUUUAGGCGCUCUCAGGGACACAACGACAGACAACAAGGCCGAAUGUUUUUUUCACAGUCUUCACGAUCCUUUGUUCAAGGGUUUGAGCAGUGCCAUAAAAGAAGCAAUUUUUGGAAAAUCGCUGUUAGUUUAUCUCGAAACCAUUCGCCAAGUUGCUAAAAUAGAUCACGCGCAAAGUCAAAUACAAGGUUCGAAUACUUGCACGCUCUUUCUCUUCCAGAACCUUUUUCCUUCUUCUUACUUUCUUAGUUGGCAACGAUUCCUCUGUUAGUUUUCUCAGUGCACUUUGGUCAAGGACUAUUCUUGAAAUAUGUCGCUUUCUUCUGGUUCUUACAUAGUUUCACAGGCCACCCUUGUAGGAUUAACAGGCGAUUGUUAUUGUUGUUAUAUUUUAAUGCAGCUGUAUUCAGCGUGAAAUCUAAAAGAUCUUACAGUCCACCGCGUAUGCUCCCGUUCUCGAGAAUGUUUACCUUUUGUUGGAUAAAUAACAGACCAUGCAAACAUCUUGGAACAGCACCAUCUCUUGUGAAAAUUAUUUCAUUCAAAUACUUUCGUGAGUCUUCUCAUCUAAAGCAAGUGAAGCGAGCACACUUUCGCUGUAAAGUGCUUCACAUCGCCACGCCGAAUCGCAUGAAUCCUUAAGUUUCUUUGUGAAAAGAUCUCGGGAAAGUAAAGGCUAUUCCAGCUAGAGUAAAAUCUUCUUUUUGGUGGCCCUCAGGCAUGCAACAACUCGAAGCAAACCAUAUCGAUCGACUCAAUCGCUAAGACGCGCAGUGAAAACAAAACUCUUCAAGGCCUCACUAGCCUCGCUUUCUCGCAACUAGACCCGGGCCGGCCGAGAGGUCGGCCAUAUUUGCAUUCGUUGUAUGCCAAUCCAAUUCGCAUAUAUAUUUCGUUUUUACGUUUUAGUUUAUUCCAGCAUAAUCAUUUCAAGGACAAACAAAAAUCGCUCCAUACGUACUUUAUUGGUUCAAUAAAAAUUGCUAUGAAAGCUGCUCGUACUCAUACUUACUAGACAGUUAAAUAGUUGAUUCAGUUAUACUAUUUAACGUAUAAAACGGGGCAGGUUGUCCGCUUCUAUUGCGAUAAUCAACUCUUCACAAAAAACGAUCCUUUUUUUCUCAAAACAGAUCUCCUUAUGGUCCAACCUGGAAAAUUAGUUGCCAAUGUAAGGAAGUAUGCCGGCCGAAAGCGAAGAGUUGGAGCCCAUCACAGUGGAAACCUGAGACAAAUCGCUUCUGUUAUUACAAGGAAACGAGUCUACAAUUUGGAAUUCACUGAUUAUUCAGAUUUAAAAUCAUUUUACAAUAUGAUCGAGGCUGUUUUUACAGUGCAGUUGUUGUCCCGUUAACCAUGAUGGAAACUUGAAAUGCAAAAUAAUCAAGUUAACUUGAAGACUCACUGGAAUACCCAAGAGAAGGAGAAUAAUUAUUCGGUUCAUCGCCAGUGGGUAAAGACCUUAUGGAAGGUUCACACCUAGAAACUCUGCCCGGAAUCUCAUACCUGCGCCUUGAUAUCCAAACCGUAACAAAAAUAGUGCGAUGUGAUCGUAAGCGAUGUUCUACUGUCUUGUGCUUUGCUUAGUAAAAGUUAUUAAGAUUUUGGUAGUGCAAAUUCAUUAAAUUUUGGACGUUUUUCAAUUCAAUUUAGCUAUUAUCUAUAGUAAGCAACGUUUGUUCUCCAGUGAUCUGCUAAAAAAAAGAAGGUUAUAAAUUUUCGAAACCCAUGCAACAACGACAACAACAAAUGCUUUAUUUGCAUGACCAUAAAGGAAUUACAGUAUUGCAAUAGCUAUCAGUCUAAAUUUAACAACUGAUUCAACUAAUUAGUACUUGCAAAACAUCACAGAACGUUACAGUUCUCAUUCAUUCAUUCAUUGAUAUUAAUUUGGUUCUUAAUUUAAAGCAUUGCAAGAUAAAUAAAACUAAUUGACAGUUAAUCAAAUAAUCAAAAGAAUUCAUAAGAAGAGAUAUUAAAGUAUCGUGUGAAAGUGAAUUGAAGUCAGGUAUUUUAGUUUCUAGUUUGGAGAAAAAUAUGUCUCUGAUCUGAGAAUAAGCCUUCCAAUCUAGUAAGAAAUGAUUUUCAUCUUCAAUUUUGUUACUUGUACAAAAGUAACAUAUCCUUUCAUCGCGAAGGAUUUUUUCGUAUCGACGUGUUUCAGUUCUAAGUUGAUGACUACUUAUUCUAAACGUAUUACUAAUGCUUUUGUCGAAGGGUUUUUUCUUGUUAAAACUAGGUACGGCGAGAGGCUAUAGUCGUCUUUGAUUGUACAAUAAAAACUGAGUUUUUGUAAUUGUUGAAGGGUCUGAUUCCAGUAAGAGACGUAUUUAUUUUUCAUUAUGCCGAUAUACCGAUUAACUAUUGAGUCACUCAAUGAAUUACAGGAAAAGUCAUAGUUUAGAUCGUAGUACUCUACCAUUUUCAUGAUAUUAGAGUAAAAGCUUGUUUUUCCGUUAUGAUGAAGGUCAAUUGAAAUUUGUAAGGCCUGUUUAACUAUGGAAUCUUCAUCUUUACCUAUCAGAUAGUCUAUUAAGUAAUUUAGAUUUUUUUUAUUCAUAUCAAUGAUCAUGGGGAAUUUAACGAGUUCAGCUCUACAAGCAGUGUUGCAUGUCUUGUUAUGUACUUGUAAAUAACGUUUACAGAAUUGCAAGUGGCUUUUUUCAAUUGCAGAGCUGUCCCAGGACUUAAAAUCUGAUUUAACAAAAGCACCCCAAACUUCACUGUUGUAGGUUAGAAUCGGUGAAAUCAUCGAGUCAAAAAUUUUACGCGCAAAUGAGGGCUUAAGACUCAUUCAAAUCCGUGUGCUGCCUGAGGCUGAAGAGCUUCAGUUUUUGUCGGAGGUGUUCAAGCGAAAGUGUACAAUUUCUGAAAGAUGCGAUGCGAGUGCCGAAGUAAGUAUAGUUUUGGACAACGUCGAUUACAUGCAAGUUCAUCAAUUAAAAUUCUGAUUUUCUUUUAAGACAGUAAAAAUAUAAUUACGUCGAUCAGCAUGAGUGUGUGAUUACAAUAGUGCUCAUGUCAAGGUUAACUAGCACUGCCCCUUUUUCUUUUUCUUGGGGGAGUUGCAAAGACAAGUAAAAGACAAUAUUUUUAUUUGGAGUCGUAUACCUUCUGAUGGAUCAACGUUUUCUAAAUAAUUCAAAAUUACAAUAUGUACUAUUAAUUGCACUGUAGCAAGUUAUAAUAAAUGGAGAUAAUUACACACGUAUAUUUUUAUAGUAUUACUCACUUUUGUCUUCCUUCUUUUUUCUUAUCUUGAAACAUUCAAACACCUGCCUUGUUCUUAAUUUGUGGAUUUCAGCCUUUCCCCUGGGGGAUGAAUAUUUUAUUUGAUGACAUUCUGUUCACUCUCAUCAGAUGCUCGUUUUUCAAGUAAUUGGCCAUUUUUAUACUAAGGACGCAUUGGCCGUUUUUAUAUUAGAGGACGCACUAUCCGUCCAGAUGGAUAAUGCAUCUAUGGCCGUUUUUAUAUUAAGGAAGCAUUAUCCAACUGGACGAACCUGGGCAAACAUUUGUAGUUCGUCUGGUUAUGCGUCUCAAGUGUAAAGAUGGGUAUAAGACGCAAUUAUACGUCUGGACGAACUUACCUUCUAAAUACGUCUUGAACGACGCACUACGAAAAGUAGUUCGUCUGGACGCACAAUGCGUCUUGUGCCCGUCUUUAUACUAGAGACGCAUAACCCAGACGAACUACAAAAUGUUUGCCCAGGUUCGUCCAGACGGAUAAUGCGUCCUUAGUAUAAAAACGGCCAUUGAAUAGAACGUUUCUUUUCUCCUAAAAAGCGGGUCAUACAGUUAAAAACUAAUAUUCAUCAUCCAUUUCUACUUUACAAAUAACACAUAUCCUUUCUUCAGGUUUUUAACAUGGUCUUCAGUAAGUAUCGACCUGUCUCUUUAACGAAUUUAUGAUUGCUUAGUCGCGAUUUUGUUAAAGUUAUUCUGUGACGGACACUGGUGACCUGGCGGAGGUAUUAAAUCCUCACAUUUGUAAUUGUCAAUAAAUCCCGCGCGGUUUAUUUUUUAUCACGCGUACUCGACGGACUUUGAAGAGAAAACUACUAUUUUCGACUCAAGAGGAGUCAGCAAAUAUGUAAUAGUUCAAAAUAGAUUUAUAAAUAAAUUACUGAAUACAACCUGCGGGUGCAAACCUCAACAAAAUGCCAUUUAAACCGGCCAGGAACAGCAAAGCAACAUUUAGUCAAAGGUAUGACAGCUUUGUUUUGUAAUAUUUUGAUAUUUAGGCUCAAUUUGAUCCGAUCCAUUAUACAAGCUUUGGCUGUUACCAGCAAUGAAAUAAUGGUAAAGCAGAUAUUUAUUUGGAACUACUACAUAUUUGUCGACUCCUGCUCAGUCGAAUAUAGUCGACUCUCCAGCUCUGAUCCUCUUUUGUCGAUCUAUAAUCCUGAUAAUGCCUUAUUAAUACCGGUAUUGACGUACAAUAUGUCUGGGCUGCCUGUGAUCAUGGCAGCAAGAAACUACACCAACGAACUAUCAGCGGGUGAUCUUGGUCCACCCUCCUCAACUGAAAUUGGUCAAGUUGCCAUAUAUUCUAUCGUCUGA